UCUGGUCGUCUCCUGUACCGUGUCCGCAGUCUCUGGUCAUCUCCUGUACUGUGUCCGCAGUCUCUGGUCAUCUCCUGUACUGUGUCCGCAGUCUCUGGUCAUCUCCUGUACUAUGUCUGCAGUCUCUGGUCAUCUCCUGUACUGUGUCUGCAGUCUCUGGUCAUCCCCUGUACUGUGUCCGCAGUCUCUGGUCAUCUCCUCUACUAUGUCCGCAGUCUCUGGUCAUCUCCUGUACUAUGUCUGCAGUCUCUGGUCAUCUCCUGUACUGUCUGCAGUCUCUGGUCAUCUCCUGUACUAUGUCCACAGUCACUGGUCAUCUCCUGUACUGUGUCCGCAUUUGUUCAUAGUUUUUUUUUUUUU